AUGGCAAGCGCUGCCUUCUGGUUGGUCACAGCUGCUUGUGUACCUCGGGGUGCUUUCGCUUAUGAUGUGGAGGUGGAAGGUGUGGGCCCUGUUUGGAUGUAUCCUGAAGAGCUCGAACUUUUGGCGAAACACCUGCGCCAGGCACGUACAUUUUUCGAGUUUGGCAUGGGAGCAUCAACGCUGUACAUAUCCAAAGAGUAUCCUCAUCUUGAAAGGCUUGUGUCAGUUGAUAUGGACAGACGCUGGGUCAACCGAGUGCGGAAGCAUUCCUGGCUUCGCAAUGGCUCAGGUCCAGCCCCGAAGCAGAUCAGUUUGCUACAUAUCCAUAUUGGCCGAACCACCGGCUAUGGCUUUCCCUUGCAGAACAUGAGUCGUUGUCGUCACCGAAUUCGCUUGUGUUUGGAUCCCGACGCAAAUCCUGGGUGUGCCGUCAAGACCCGCUGCUACAAAGACCUGAUUGGGCGGCGCAGUUGGUGGCCACCGUUUAGCCAGGUGGUGUUGGAUGCCGCAGCACAUUUCAAGCACGGGUGGGAUGUCGUGCUGGUGGACUCACGUUUUCGUACGGCUUGCGCUUUAAAGAGCCUCAUGGCUAUAAGCUCAGAGGCCAUUUCCAGGUCUGUGGUCAUGGUUCACGAUUACACAAUUCGUAGGCAGCACUACCAGGAGAUCGAACGGUUUGCUAACAUGGAGGAGGUUGUCGGAAGCCUUGCAGUUUUUCGUAAGAAGCCUGACUUCGAUCCAGUCGCACUGCAGCAUGCAGUCCUGGCUUCGGAGUAUGAUCCCAUGUGA